GGGCGGGUUAUGAAUACAGAAGAAUCUCCGUUCUGAAUUGCACAAGCGAAGACACACGAUUGUAUCAUUCAACAAUGACUACGUAUAAGCUGAUCUCAUGGGGUGCAAACUCGCAUGGUCAAUUGGGACAAGGUGUGUUAUCCGAACAAUGCGUGUUACCUAAAGAAAUCGAUUUAUCCGGAUGCGACCUUAGACCGGAAUCCGUGAAGAAAAUUGUCGGUGGUGGCGGGCACACGUUGAUCCUGGACACGGAAGGUCGCGUUUACUCCUGCGGACGAAACGACAAAGGACAAGCCGGAGUCUCGAAUACGGAGCGAACAAACGUUCUAACAUUUCAGAGACUUUCCCUCGACGGUAAAACGAUGAUUGACGUAUGUUGCGGAUGGGACACGUCCGCGGCGUUGACGAAGGACGGUGACUUGUAUCUUUGGGGUUCCAAUCGUUACGGACAGCUGGGCGACGAUCCAUCGAUUCAUUCGUCGACUUCAUCGCCCAUAUGUACCAUACAAUCAGGCAAAGUUAAACGGAUUUCUAUGGGUUUACGACAUACUGUUGUGGUGACGGACAACGGCACUGUUCUGGUUUGCGGAGCAAAUAGCAAAGGACAAUUAGGUCUAACUAAUAUGGAGAGCAAACAGUCCCGAGACGUUCGACAUUGUUUCACCGCAGUUUCAGGAUUGACGGACGUAGACCAUGUCGCAUGCGGCGAGCACCAUACUGUGGUCGCGACGUUGAACAAGGGCACGUUCACCACGUAUUUCUUCGGCGACAACAAGCACGGCCAGGCGGGAAUUGAUCCUCGAGAGUGCACGCGAAUCUGCCCCGCAUACCGUUUCGUACGUUGCGACUCGCGAUUCAGUGUGUCGAUUCAAAUCCAUGCAGGUUGGAGCCACACAAAUAUCUUGAGCGACGGUGCCGUUUAUUCGUGGGGAAGAAACAGUUACGGGCAGUUAGGCCGUGGACAAUCAGAGGAGGAGGGAUGCGAAUCUUGGAGAAUGCAACGCGUCGAAAAUUUACCGAAGAUCGUUCAGCUCUCAGUUGGAUCGGAACAUAAUGUUGCCUUAGCCGGUAAAUUAUCGAGCACAAUGGACACGUGCGCGUACAUUUGCAAUUCAUUGCGUCGGAAAACAUGGGAGAUAAUGAGAUACGUCAAAUUUAAUGCCGCAGAAACUGGAACGAUAUUUUGUUGGGGCUGGAACGAACAUGGCAACUGCGGUAACGGGAACACGAAGGACGUUCUGUUACCGGAACGCUUGCCGCUUCCACACAACUCUAUUGGCGUCCUUGUUGGUUCCGGCGCAGGACAUUCAUUCGCUGUAAUAAAAAAUAUAAAUUGACCGCGAUAGUACAGUGUAAAUAUGUUCUAGAUAACGUUCUUAAUUAAUUUUUCUUUAUGCAAAAAGAUCCUGUAUAUAGAAAAUAAUUUCAUAAAUCUUCUACAUAUAAGUGUAAAUAUUAUAUCGCAAUAAUGAAAGUCAGAAAGUGUCUCCUGAAAAUCUGCCUGUGAGAGGAAGAUGAGGAAAAUAUAUAUAGAAAUACAUGCAAAAGUAUCUAACA